GUAGCCAUGGCUGCUGUGGCCAUCGCGCAGAAGAAUAGCCGCUACUCCAUGUCUGAGAGGAAUCUUGGACUCAUGAUGGAGAUAAUUCGCAAGGAUCCAGAAUCUUAUAAAGAAGAAUUCAUGGAGCAGUUUGAUCACUAUCUUCACACUAUGAAACUGCUUCAUUUACAACCUCAGCAGCACAGGAUGGAGCUUCAGCCGCUUCUGGAGUCUGUGACAUUUCUUUCAGGACUGGCAAAAUAUUACCCUGAACAGGCAAAAGAGUUCUCUGCCCAUUUGAUCAGUGUCCUUCGUGAGCAAGGAUCUGGUCUUGAUCCUCACGUGAGGAUGUCCUUUUGUAAAGCACUAGUAUUACUACGUAAUCAAAAUCUGAUUGAUCCUCUGGAGUUCAUGGAUAUAUUCUUCGAAUUAGUGAAAAUAGAAGACAAGCAACUUAGGAAGUUCAUUAUGUCGUCAAUUUCGUCUUUGCUCAAAAGAUUAUACCACCAGAAGAAAAAUAUGAAAUUAUUGGGAAAGAUCCAAAAUUUCUGCUUUGCUAAAUUGAAGGAUUCCCGUGCAAUUGUGGCGAGGGCAGCGCAACUCAUAUGUAUUGAUGCCUAUAGGAGAAGCUAUUGGCGAGAUGGAAAGUGUGCAAAUGUAAUAGCCGAGACGUGUUUUCACAAGAUUCCUAAAAUUCAGGUGACAGGAAUGAAAUUUUUCCUGGGUUCGAAAAAGGACGAGGACGGCGAGAGUGAAAUAAGUGACGAUGAUAGUCAGAGUGAAGAGGAAGGGAAAACUAUCAAAGAGGUAAUGAGUGCAUAUCGCCAUGCUAAAAAGACUAGGAAACGGGCAAAAGAUUUGGAAAGGUCUAAGAGAGCUAUCAACAAGAAGAGAAAAGCAAAGAAAGAGGGUAGGAGCAAGGAAUGCAAUUUGCUUGCCAUCCAAUCCCUUUAUGACCCUCAGGAAUUUGCUGAUAAGUUGUACAGAAUGCUAGAGAGUAAGAAGAUCGAUAAGUAUGAGGUGCGGCUCUUCCGAAUCGCGCUAUGCGCACGAGUAAUCGGUGUACAUCGCCUUCAUACCCUUAGCUUCUACUCGUAUCUCCACCGCUACCUUCAGCCUAAGCAGAAAGACGUCACGAGAAUUCUACUCUACGCAGCGCAAGCGUGUCACGAGCUGGUUCCACCUGACACUGUAGAACAGCUGGUUCGCACUAUUGCUAAUAACUUUGUUUCAGACAGAAAUUCUGCCGAAGCUAUUACUGUUGGAAUAAAUGCCAUCCGUGAAAUCUUCGCAAACUGUCCAUUUGCCGCUACUGAGGAGCUUCUUAGAGAUUUGGCAGAGUACAAAACGUACAAGAACAAGAACGUUUCAAUGGCUGCUCGUGCACUUAUUACUCUAUUUCGCUCUGUCAACCCGCGUCUUCUUGCUAGGAAAGACCGUGGUCGGCCAACAGAUGGUGACGAAGAAAAAGAAUUCCUGGGCUUCGCAAGACCUGCAGUUGCUGACUUCGUGCCUGGCGCAGAGGUCCUUGAAGAAGACCGAAAGGAAACAGGCGAAAUGGAGGUGGAUGAAGCUGAUGAUGAAAACGAGUCAUUAGAAAUAAGCGAUGUUGACACAGAUGAGGUCGACUCAGACGAAGAGCCUGCGGCCAAGAAGCGAGCGCUUGAGGAAAGCGAAGAUGAAGACGAAGAAAGUAGCGAUGGGUGGGAAACUGCCAGUGGUGAGGAGGAUGACAAAGAAGAAUUCAAACAAAUUCGAAUAUACCAGUUGAAGAAAAAACUCAUCGGAGAAAAACGUCUGAAAAAGCAAUUGGGAAGUGCGAGGAAGAACGAUGACGUGAAAUUGAUUGAAGAGUUAGGCGAAAGAAUGGAAAGACGCGGGGACGGUGAUGGUUUGCCACGAUUGAAGGAUAUUGAGCAGUUCCAUAAAAAGCGUAAACAGACGAAGGAAGAACGAUUAGCGAAUAUAAAGGAGGGCCACGAUGAGAACCAGAAAUUCGGUCGACCCAAGAAAACGGGCCCUCAUGUAGGGAGAACUAAUCGCGAAUUAGCCAAGAAGAAGGUAUUCAGUAUGGUAAAGGCAAAGGUUCGGGGGAAGAACCGUCAACGUUCUUUCCGAGAUCAACAGAAGAGUCUUCGUAAUUAUCUCCUCCGGCAAAGCGGUCGUAAACCCCAAUGA